AGGAGGAGGACAGAGCGGGAGGGAGCGAGGGAGGGAUGGAGGGAGGGAGAUCGGGCUCCUCUACAGAAUUACUUGUACCGAGCAAGCGAGCUGCGGUCUCGUCACGGACGCGCUCACAUCUUCUCCAGUGAGCACAUUUAUAGGUCGACCUGUCUGGAAUUAUUGCGCAGAGGCGGGGAGGAGGAGGAGGAGGGGAGGACGGGGCCGGGUCAGGUGGUGUUGGAGUGUCGAGCAGGUCGGAAGAGAGAAGGAGGAGAAAGUUCUGUCAGGUGGGGCGAUUCGGUCUUCGGUGAGGUUGAAGUUCUCUUUCUGGUUCCAUGAUCGAUUCAAAGGGUAGGCAGUGCAAGAAGACUGAAGAGCAGGCCUCGGGUACCGAGCGGAAGCACGAUAUUUGAUUCAAGACAGGCAGAGAGCUUCAUCGGACUGGAGUGAGGCGGGGUAUUGGAGGGGAGAGGUGUGAGGAAGGGAGAAGACAAUAGAAAUGAGUGCCAGUGCGGCGGCGAGUAGUGGGGUUGGGGGUCGGGCUUGGUCGUCCAACGCAUCUCUCAAUACAUCGGCCAAGCGUAUCCAGAAAGAGUUGGCCGAGAUUUCCCUGGACCCGCCGUCAAAUUGCUCUGCUGGUCCCAAAGGCGAUAACCUCUAUGAAUGGGUCUCUACUAUUAUGGGCCCUGCAGGAUCGCCAUACCAGGGUGGUGUCUUUUUCCUAGAUAUCAAUUUUCCUGUCGAUUAUCCAUUCAAACCUCCAAAGGUGAUGUUCAGAACAAGAAUCUAUCACUGUAACAUCAACACCAGCGGGCAGAUAUGUUUAGACAUUCUUAAAGACAACUGGAGUCCUGCGCUCACGAUUUCCAAGGUCCUUUUGUCCAUCUGCUCACUCUUGACAGAUGCCAAUCCUCAUGACCCUUUGGUCGGCAGCAUUGCACAACAGUAUUUGACAGACCGCACAGCCCAUGACAAGACAGCUGCCGAGUGGACCAGAAGAUAUGCACAAUAGUCUGCAGCUAGGUCAAGGUUUGGUUUUAAAAGCUAAAGAAUGGUAAGUUCGACUUUUUUAGGAAUUAUGUAUAGAACAUUUUUGAGGAUUGACAUGUUGUUGAGUUCCUCCAAACAUUGUUACCAACAACAAGUGGUCAGUUGUUGAUUGCUGUCGCUCUUUGAUGCUGUGUACACAUAUAAAUUACUAGACAAAAUUCAGAUGAGCUGUGGAGGUCAUUUCUUUUUUGUUUGUGUGCUGGCCUGCUGGCCCGUUUGGUUUGUGCAUUGUUGCCAGUGAAAAUAAAAACCCGCCUUCUCACGUGAGCGAAGUCGAAAUUCUGUGCGCACACCGACUCAUCUCAUGCUUUCCAUUGUGAAAGCAUGGUGUGUGCUGUCGAUUCAAGCAUUUUUAUAUAUCAAUUUAUAUAGAAGCAGCUGAGCCCGACGUCAGGUAACCUUCUUUAUGUAAUUGUGCUGGAGAAGCAAGAACUGCAAGCUCAGAAGAUUAUCUCAAGGUGAGAAGUGAAAGUCACGAUUUCUGACUGUAUAAGCUGCUGGAGUAACGGUCCCUUAGCGGAACUUUUAUUUUCUACGUUUUGAGG